UUCUUCAAGUAUUUUCUUUUUUUUUUUAUCUUUUGCUCUCAAAGGAAAAAGAAAAAUCAAAUCUUGUAACUUACGUAGUAAUUGAAAGCUUAGCAGUUUUUGAUUAGGUAAAAUCUUAUGGAUGGCAAUAAUUGGAGGGCGAACUCGGGUCAAGCGCAUGUCCCGGGUCAGGUUAUGGGCGGUGAAGCUCCGGUAGCUCCGGGUAUGGAUGCCGGUGAUUGGAGGACUCAGCUACCAGCUGAUUCCAGGCAGAGGAUUGUAAACAAGAUAAUGGAAACUUUGAAGAGGCAUCUUCCUGUCUCUGGACAUGAGGGACUGCAGGAACUCAAGAAAAUAGCCGUAAGAUUUGAGGAAAAAACUUAUGCUAGUGCUACAAGUCAGUCAGAUUACUUGAGAAAGAUAUCUUUGAAGAUGCUGACAAUGGAGACAAAAACACAGAAUCCUGUGCCCAUUUCUCUUCAGUCCAAUGUUCCAAGUAAUAGCAAAAAUCCUCAAGAUCCAGCUUCUCAAAGCAUGCAAGCCCAAAUACCAAGUCAGGGGCAGCCACUACCGAUUCCAAUGGCAAAUAAUCGAUCUCAAUCGCGACAACAGUUGUUAUCCCAAAAUAUCCAGAAUAAUAUUCCAUCAACUGGAGUGCCAAAUUCUGCUAGUUUGACAUCUGUACUUCCCACUGUUGGUGGCAUGUCUCAGGCUACCAUGCCUAAUGUUGUUGGCCAGAAUCCCAAAGUGCAGAACUUACAAAACAUAUCUAGUGUAACUCCAAAUGUAGUGGGAAAUUCCAUGGGGCAAGGAGUGCCAUCCAAUAUGUUUGCCAAUACCCAGAGAUCAAAUCAAGGAAGGCAACAAUCGGUUGUGCCCCAAGAACAACAACAACAGUCUCAGAAUUCACAACAAUAUCUUUACAGUCAGCAGUUCCAACAACACCUUAUGAAUCAAAAAUUCCAGCAGGGAAAUAUCUCACAAUCCCUUAUGCAGUCUCAAAUCCAGCAACAGCAGCAACAGAAUUUAUUGCAACCAACUCAGAUCCAAUCGUCUCAGCAAGCUGUUAUGCAACCUUCUUUGAGGCAGUCAGCCACUUCAUCUGGUCUUCUGCAAAAUCAGCAGUCAUCUAUUCAGCAAUCAACUCAAUCUAUGCUUCAGCAACAAUCACAAUCAGUCCUCAGGCAACAGCCGCAACCGUCUUCCCUCACUCAUCAGCAACAAACAUCAAUGCCACAGCACCCAAUAUUACCUACACAACAGCAACAGCAGCUUAGUGGGAAUCAGCCAAAUGCAACAAGCAUGCAACAGAACCAGCUAAUUGGGCAACAAAAUAACAUUCUUGAUGCACAGCAUCAGCAGCAACAGCAACAGCAACAGCAAAGGAUGAUGAGCCAGCAGAAUAAUCAUUCCAACCUGCAACAGCAGCAGACAAUUGGUCAACAAAACAUUUCUAACAUACAUCAACAGCAGUCAAUUGCUCAGCAGAAUAGCCUCCCAAACUUGCAUCAGCAGCAGUUAGGUCCUCAAACUAAUGUUUCUGGGUUCCAGCAGCAGCAAAUGGUUGGAAUUCAAUCUGGUAACUCUGGCUUGCAGAACAACCAGCAAUCUGUUCAUAUGUUACAGCCAUCUAAAGUUGCAGUACAGCAACAAAUGCAGCAGAAUGUGGGAAACUUGCUGCCUAACCAAGCUCAACAGUCACAGUCUCAGCCACCACAGCAGCAAAUGAUGUUACAGAUCCAAUCACAACCAGGCCAGCUGCAACAACAAUUGGGUUUGCAACAACAUACAAAUUCGUUACAAAGAGACAUGCACCAAAGGAUUCAAACAUCAGGUCCUUUGCUUCAACAACAUAGUGCUCUUGAUCAACAGAAGCAUCUGGCGCAUUCUCAAAGUGCAAUUCCAGAGGCACCAUUAUCAUCUUUAGAUUCUUCAUCACAGACAGGAAAUUCAAUUGGUGGGGAUUGGCAGGAGGAGAUUUUCCAAAAGAUCAGAUCCAUGAACGAUUUGUAUUUUCCUGAAUUAAAUGAAAUGUACCAGAAAAUGGCUGCUAGAUUACAACAGCAUGAUUCUGUUCCUCUACAGCCUAAGAACGAGCAACUUGAAAAACUCAAAUUUUUUAAGGCCAUGCUGGAACGCAUUAUUCAGUUUUUGCAGAUUCCAAAGAACGGAGUUCAACAGAUUCACAAGGAGAAGAUUGUUGGAGUUGAGAAGCAGAUUAACAAUAUUCUUAACUUGAAUAAGCCCAGGAAGUCUGUUUCUUCUGUGCAGCAGGGGCACCUUUCCCAGCCUCACUUGCAUGCUAUUCAACAAUCUCAGCAGCCACAAUCUCAAAUGCAUCCCCAUGAUAAUCAAAUGAAUUUGCAGACGCAACCUGUGAAUGUACAGGGUUCUAUGGCUGCUACGCAACAGAAUAACACAACCAACUUGCAGAAUAAUUCCUUAUCUUCCGUUUCUGGUGUUUCAAAUUCUCGCCAAAACAUAAUGGAUGGACUACAAUCUGGUUCAAAUAUGGAUCCAGGUCAGGGCAAACCAAACUCGCUUCAACAAGUAGCUAUGGGCUCUCUACAACAAAACCCUGUCAGUGGUCCGCAACAGGUGAACAUGAACUCGAUAUCAUCUCACAGUGGACUGACAUCAAUGCAGUCAAACCUUAAUCCUCUACAACCAAAUUCAAAUAUGCUUCCAACCCAGCAUGUAAAACAGGAGCAACAAAUGUUUCCAGCAACACAUCAGCAGAUGAAACAACAAAUUCAGCAUCGGCAGCAAUAUAAUAUGCAAAGACAGCAGUUCAUGCAACAGCAACAGCAGCAGCAGCAGCAAUCUGCCCAGUUGGCAGCAAAUCAAAUGUUACAGCUUCACCAGAUGAAUGAGACAAAUGAAAUGAAGAUGAGGCAGCAGAUGGGUCUCAAGUCAGGAGUUCUUCAGCAACAUCAUUCCUCUGGCCAGCGUUCAUCAUAUCACCAACCACUGAAGCCUGGAGCUCCGUUCUCUAUGUCCUCACCACAAGCCCUUCAGGCAGCAUCCCCUCAGGUUGGCCACCAUCUUUCCCCCCAAAUUGACCAGCAGAAUCUGCUGACAUCUCAUCCAAAGGCUGGAACCCCCUUGCAGUCUGCAAACUCCCCAAUCGUUGUUCCAUCUCCAUCAACUUCCAUGGCACAAUCAACCAUCCCAGGCGAGUCUGAUAAAAUUAACUCUGGUGUUGCAUCCCUGUCUAAUGCUGGAAAUAUUGGUCAUCAUCAAAUAGCUGGAGCAUCCAUCCCAGGGCAAUCCCUUGCUAUUGGCACUCCUGGGAUAUCCGCCUCACCUUUGCUUGCAGAAUUUACCAGUCCUGAUGGUUCUCAUGGAGCUGUGUCAACUAUUGUUCCUGGAAACUCAAAUGUUGUCGAACAACCACUUGAACGCUUAAUUAAAGUGGUGAAGUCUAUGUCACCUAAAGCAUUGAGUUCCUCAAUUAGUGACAUCAGCUCCGUAGUUAAUAUGAUUGAUAGAAUCGCUGGAUCUGCUCCAGGAAAUGGAUCAAGAGCUGCGGUUGGUGAAGAUUUGGCUGCCAUGACCAAGUGUCGUUUGCAGGCCAGAAAUUUUUUCUCUCAAGAUGGAUCUAGUGGUACAAAGAGAAUGAGACGUUAUACAAGUGCAGUGCCAUCAAAUGUUGUUUCAUCUACUGGAAGUGUCGAUAGUUUCAAUCAGUUAAAUGGUACUGAAUCUGAUGGAGAGUCCAAUGGUGCAUCUAAUAUUAAAAGGCCUAGGAUUGAGGCUAACUACGCACUUGAAGAAGAAUUACGGGAGAUAAAUGAACGAUUAAUAGACACAGUGGUAUAUAUUAGUGAUGAAGACGUGGAUCCAACUGCAGUAGCUGCUACUGCCAAAGGUGGUGAUGGAACCAUUGUGAAGUGCUCUUUCAGCGCCGUGGCUCUUAGUCCAAAUUUAAAAUCACAAUAUGCUUCGGCACAAAUGUCCCCAAUUCAACCUUUAAGAGUACUUGUUCCCAACAAUUAUCCAAAUUGCUCGCCAAUACUUUUGGACAAGUUUCCAGUUGAAGUCAGCAAAGAGUAUGAAGAUAUCUCCAUAAAGGCGAAAUCAAGGUUUAACAUCUCUCUCCGAAGCCUCUCACAACCCAUGUCACUUAAGGAGAUAGCAAGGACUUGGGAUAUUUGUGCUCGUGCUGUUAUUUCUGAGUAUGCACAGCAAAGUGGUGGAGGAAGUUUUAGCUCGAAAUAUGGGACUUGGGAGAACUGCUUGACUACAGCAUGAUGAUGCUUCUUAUUUGUUCGUCUCCAAUUAAAACUUUAUGGAUAUUGAAGAAGAUAUUCUUCUAUAUUUAUAUUUAACCUCACUCCUGGAACACUGGACUUGUAAAUAUAGGUUUUGUAACUCUCCUGUAAGUCGUAUGAAUGUGCAAAGACUCAAAUGUGCAGUACAUUUAUAAAUGUUUAUUUUUCUGAUUUGGUUUUUAACUGUUCUGGUGAA